AAUCACACUAACCUAUUCCUAUCUCGUAUAUAGUUCCAACAUUGUCGAUUAUGAUAUCAAGGAUCGCAGCAGCCAGCAGGUAGGCAAUAAGAUUCAGGCCCACAAACUCCUUCCCCAUAUAUCUUGGGCUUCGGCCCUCUCAGCUGUCUAGGUCCAGCCCGUAUCUAAUUCCCGGCGCCGGCGCCGCUUCAGAAUUAAGUCAGGCAGCCGGGAUUGAGAGAAGCUCCGCCAUUAACCAACAAUGGCAUCCACGCUGGGCGUGCUCGAAGCUCUCCUCAGAAACCCAGGCGCCAUCGCCACCAAACUCGAAGUUAAACAGCUCCUGAAAGCCCUUCUCAAGCGGCCGGGCGCCAUCACCUCCGCAUCCGAAGCCAAGCAGCUCCACGCCCAAAUCCUCAAGCACAACCCUUCUUCACCUCUUUACACAUCCACAGCCAUUUGCGUUUACUCCAACUUCAAGCUCCUGAACCAAUCCAUCUGCCUGUUCAAAACCCUGCAGUCCCCGCCUUCUCUCGCCUACAAAUCAAUCAUCAAAUGCUACGCGGUGAAUGGGCGCUUUGUUGAAUCGUUGGCCUCUUUUGUAGACAUGAGAGCUUCCGGCAACACCCCUGAUCACAGCGUGUUCCCUUCUGUGCUGAAAGCUUGCGCCUUUCUGCUGGAUUUGAGAUUGGGGGAGGCGGUUCAUGGGUGCAUUAUUAGGUUGGGAAUGGACAUUCAUUUGAUUACUGGGAAUGCACUCAUUAAUAUGUACGCAAAGCUGCAGAGUUUGGCCGAGAGCGAGUGGCGGGAACGUGACAGGCGCAAGGUGUUCGAUGGAAUGUCUCAGAGGACUGUUGAUAAUCUAUUUUCAAGCCAACUUUCGCAGGAAAGCGAGGAUGGUGUGGGUAUUAGUACCAACACUGUCAUGAAGCGGUUUGUAGAUAUUUUUCCUCAACUUGGUAGUUGCUUAGACGGUAGAAGUAGAACUGGUUCAGGAGCGGAUAGCAGCGUGAAGAAGGUAUUUGAGACGAUGACAACAAGAGAUAUUAUUUCUUGGAACACUGUAAUCGCAGGGAAUGCACAAAAUGGACUGCACGAAGAUGCUUUGGCGAUGGUUAGGGAGAUGGGAGGUGCAGGGCUGAAGCCUGACAUAUUUACUUUGUCAGCCAUACUUCCUAUCUUUGCCCAAUACGUGGAUGUUGAUAAGGGAAGGGAGAUUCAUGGUUAUGUCAUUAGAUAUGGUUUUGAUAAGGACCUUUAUGUUGCUAGCAGCUUGAUCAACAUGUACUCGAGGUGUGCUCGAGUGGAAGACUCGAUACGUGUGUUCAAGAUUACUCGUGAACGCGACACCAUUUCCUGGAAUUCAGUUAUUGCCGGUUGUGUGCAGAACGGUAUGUUUGAUGAAGGCUUGAGACUCUUCCGGCAGAUGUUGAAGGAUAAUAUUAUACCAGGGAGUGUUUCAUUCUCCAGCAUCAUGCCUGCUUGUGCUCACUUGACCACGUUGAAUUUGGGAAAGCAGCUUCAUGGAUACAUAAUGAGGUGCGGAUUUGAUGAUAAUGUGUUUAUUUCUAGUUCAUUGGUGGACAUGUAUGCCAAAUGUGGUCAUAUUAGGACCGCUGGAUGGAUUUUCGACGGCAUAAAGGGUCGUGACAUGGUAUCCUGGACAGCAAUGAUAAUGGGUUGCGCUUUACAUGGUUAUGCUGAAGAUGCCAUCUCAUUAUUCGAGCAGAUGAAAUUGGAAGGAAUUCGACCAAAUCAUGUGGCAAUCACUGCGAUCUUAACUGCCUGCAGUCAUGCUGGCAUGAUAGAUGAAGGUCGAAGAUACUUUGAUCGAAUGACUGAGGAAUAUGGUAUUAGGCCAGGGUUAGAACACUAUGCUGCAAUGGCAGACCUUUAUAGUCGGAAGGGAAAGCUGAACGAUGCUUAUCAACUCAUCAGUACCAUGACCACACCCACCGGUACGAUUUGGUCCUUGCUACUCUCGGCUUGUAGGGUCCAUAAAAAUGUCGACUUGGCUGAGAAGGUCGCAAGCAAGAUUUUCGAGGUCGAUCCAGAGAACAUUGGUGCUCGAGUUCUUCUGUCCAACAUAUAUGCAAAUGAUGGCAGAUGGAAGGAAGCUGCAAAGGUACGGAUGACCAUGAGGAAUAUGGGGAUAAGGAAAAACCCUGCUUGUAGUUGGAUAGAAGUGAAGAACAAGAUUCAUACUUUUAUUGCAGAUGAUAAGUCCCAUACGCUGCAUGAUGAGAUAAACAAUGCUCUCUGUGAAUUGCAAGAGAAAAUGGAGCUAGCGGGGUAUGUUGCUGACACGAGUGAGGUGCUGCAUGAUGUUGAUGACGAGCAGAAGAAGUACUUGUUGUAUGGUCACAGUGAGAGACGGGCGAUAGCAUUUGGCAUCAUGAGCACGCCUGCUGGAACAACAAUUCGAGUUAUAAAGAACAUCAGAAUAUGUGUGGACUGCCAUACAGCGAUAAAGUUGAUCUCGAAGAUAGUCGGGAGGGAGAUAGUCGUCAGAGACAAUAGCCGUUUUCACCAUUUCCGAGAUGGUGAGUGCUCAUGUGGAGAAUAUUGGUGAACCAUAUUUGUAACCUUCAUCCAGCCACAUUGUGAACAACUGUGGCAACACCCAUGUUGGUUUAAGAAUGCCUUGCAUUGCAGCCAAAAAUAGAAUGAAGGAAACAUUUGCGCAGAAAUUUGUAUCUCCCUUGGGCUAAUGCUUGGUAAUGGGAAUCCAAGCUGCUCCACUGCACACCAAUAUGCGCCCUUUGGUGGCCUCUGUAGAACCAAAUGAUAGAAACUGAGCAUAUCCAGAUCCUGCCUCAGUGUCACUGAGAUGCCGAGGAAAAAAUUUGCUCACCUGGCUAUCAACUUGCCUCUGUCUCUCUAACACACUAAGGUCAGGGCUUUCACUCCAUGUAAAUGAAAACUCUUAAGAAAACAUUUUUUGUGAUCAUAAUUGGCAAUCCAUAAGCUUUUCUGGAUUCCAAGUGCCUUUUCUCUUUUGAGUUUUGAGUGAGUGAAUCUAAUCUUCUUUUUGCUUUUAGGCAACAGUGCUCGAUUUCCUUGGAGCGGAAGGAGUGGUUCGAAGUUCGAACAGCAUGUGAUCACUUCACUGCCAUAAAGAAAUGCAGUUUAGUAUUGAUUCAGAGGUGCGGUUUGAACUGCGAACUGUGUUUGGUCCAUCUCAAAGAAAAGGCAAUUACAUACUGAGAGAAAGGGAGUAAUAACGAGGAAUGAAGGAAAAAGAAGCAUCAUCGCAGGCACCAUAAACCACUGGGUUAAAAGUCUGAAUGGUUGUCAUCAACACAACUGUAUCAUUCUCUCCUCCGCCUCCAGGGUCUUUCCAGGUCUAUUUUGUUGCUCCAGUUCUCUCCUCCGUAUGUUGUGCAUCCAGCUUGGUCUUUCAGGUAGCAGGCUGGUCUAUAUGCAUUUCGCUCAGGAUCAUGGUGGUUCACUGGCCCUUAUCUGGCUAAUCUCUUAGCUGCACGGGGCGCUCUACUGCUACUUGGGAGGCUGACUCAGUGGGGCAAUCGUUGAGGGAGGCUCCCAGGUUCUUGUUGGUCAGCUUCAGGAUCGAACCAUCUGUGAUGUUGUGUAAAUGAAUUCCGCAUCCGCUAUGCUGUGCAAGUGAAUUCAUCCUGCCAGAGGUUUUCGAUGGCAGCAUAACACUUUCAGCUGUCCAUCGGCUGCGAAUUGUCCAUCA